ACGAGACUGUGGUAGGCUUAUCAGUACCAGUACCGGGACCGGUACAAUUUCAAACGGGCCGGGAUAAAGCGUGGUCCUCCACCCAGAUAAACAUUUUUGGACUCGUUUUGACUCGUGUCUGUCGUCUACUUGACAGUGAGUUUCAAGUAGCGAGGGAGUCAAGACUCUCUCCCUCCCUCUCUCUCUCUCUUUCUCUUUCUCUCGCACUGUGGCGUUUUAGACGUAGUGGUGGUGCGGUUGGUGAAUUGUUGUUUUCUCUGUCCCGAGAGAUCUCGCAUCGCAUUACAUAACUCGCGAAAUUUCGUUCAAUGGAUGGCUCCGGUAGCGGAGCUGCUAGUGGUGGUGGAGGAGGGGGUGGAGGUAGCCGGUUCAGGAGAAUACCUCGCCAGUCUUUUGCUCAUCUCAAGUUGGACCCUGUACUUGAUGAGAAUUUGGAGCAGUGGCCACAUUUGAGUGAACUGGUUCAGUGUUAUAGAAGUGAUUGGGUUAAAGAUGAGCAUAAGUAUGGUCAUUAUGAAAGCGUUAGUCCUCCAUCAUUUCAAACUCAGAUUUUUGAAGGGCCCGAUACUGAUAUUGAGACGGAAGCGCGACUUGCUAGUGCGAGGCGAGGGAAGGCUGAAGAUGGAACUGAUGAUGACAUGCCAAGUACUUCUGGAAGACAAUACUCCGAUGCUGCUGAUGUUUCGAAGCAUUUUGGUCAAUCUCCUCUCCCUGCUUAUGAACCUGCUUUUGACUGGGAAAAUGAGAGGUCAAUGAUAUUUGGUCAAAGAAUUCCAGAAACCCCUAUGUCACAGUAUGGCAGUGGGUUGAAGAUCUCUGUGAAAGUUUUGUCUCUAGCAUUUCAAGCCGGGCUAGUUGAGCCUUUCUAUGGUACAAUUUGCCUGUAUAAUAGGGAGAGAAGAGAAAAAUUGUCUGAAGAUUUCUAUUUCCGAGUUUUACCAUCUGAAAUGCAGGAUGCUAAAAUAUCAUACGAACCUCGUGGUAUGUUCUAUUUAGAUGCUCCAUCAUCAUCCAUUUGUCUGCUAAUCCAGUUAGAGCGGCCUGCUUCAGAAGAAGGGGGAGUUACGCCGUCUGUUUAUUCACGCAAAGAACCAGUGCACUUGUCAGAGAGAGAAAGGCAGAAACUGCAGGUGUGGUCUCGGAUUAUGCCUUACAGAGAGUCCUUUGCGUGGGCUAUUGUUCCGUUAUUUGACAACAACAUUGGUGCAGUUUCUGGUGGAUCUGCUUCCCCUAGCAGUCCUCUUGCUGCCAGCGUGUCUGGAUCAAGUUCCCAUGAGGGUGUGUUUGAGCCCAUUUCCAAGAUCACGUUAGAUGGGAAGCUGGGAUAUUCAAGUGGAAGUUCCAUUGUAGUUGAAAUAUCCAACUUAAAUAAAGUAAAGGAAAGCUAUACCGAGGAGUCACUUCAGGAUCCUAAACGCAAAGUUCACAAACCAGUAAAAGGUGUUUUAAGAUUGGAAAUUGAGAAGCAUCAGACAGGGCAAGCUGAUUUGGAGAACAUAUCAGAAAGUGGCAGUGUGACAAAUGAUUCCAUUGAUUUAGGGGACCGUGUUACAGAUUUGACUUUUGCUAAGUGCCCCAGUAAUGGUUCAGAUGGGCCUCAGACUAGCAACUCUAAGUGGACUUCCAGUGACGGGAAAGAAGUUUCUGGAAAUGGGUCAAAUGCAUCAGAUUUUAAUGCCGAUGAUUUUCAAGCUUUUGACUUCCGCACCACAACAAGAAAUGAGCCCUUCUUGCAACUCUUUCAUUGCCUAUAUGUAUAUCCCUUGAGUGUAAGUUUGAGUCGAAAGAGGAACUUGUUCGUUCGGGUUGAACUACGGAAGGAUGAUACUGAUGUUCGUAGACAGCCUUUAGAGGCAAUGUAUCCGAGGGAGCCAGGCGUGUCACUCCAGAAGUGGGCUCACACACAAGUCGCCGUUGGGACUAGGGUUGCUUACUACCAUGACGAAGUUAAAGUUUCACUGCCUGCUAUCUGGACACCACUGCAUCACCUUUUAUUCACAUUCUUCCAUGUUGAUCUGCAGACGAAACUAGAAGCUCCAAAACCUGUAGUUAUCGGAUAUGCGGCACUUCCAUUGUCUACGCAUGCUCACUUGAUGAGAAUUGGAGCAGUGGCCACAUUUGAGUGA